AUGUCUACGACGGAUCAAAUGAAAAAUAUAAGGAAAAAAAUAUUUCAAUCAGUCGAAAGUGAAACGUUAAAAACGGAAAAUCGCAUUGAAAAAAAUUUUUUAAGAAUUGAUAAUUUAGAAAAAGAAAAUGACGAAGCCAUGAAAUUCCUACAAGCGUUUUUAGAAAAAACAGAAAGAAGGAAAAAAAUAACAAAUAAAAUUCAUGGAGUAAAUAAACAUCGAAAAGAUAACAACAAUCUACUACUCGCAUCCUCAUCCGUUUCCGAUUCGUCAAUUUAUUCAUCGAACAUAUAUAAUAAAACGGAUAUUGUUAAAAAUAUAAAAUCAAAUGAAAUAUUAAAUAUAAUAUCAAGAUCGUCAAUUGAAACAAUUAAAAGUGAAAAUUUAUCGGUAAAAGUUAAAGAAUUUAAAAAAAUUGGAGAAAAUAGUUUAUAUAUAUCAUGGACAAAACCUUGUGGAAGUUUAUCCGAUUUUGUCGAAGGAUACGAAAUAAUAAUCAAUGGAAUAAUUAAUCAAAAAGUAAGAAAUUCAAGAAGAACUCGAGCCAUUUUAUAUUCGAUUGAUUUAAGUAAAAAAGUCGAUCUUAAACUAAACGCUUUAUUAGAUAACGAAGAAAAAAUUCAAAUUGCUAACAUUAUUUAUUAUGAUGAUUGGUCGCAAUAG